AUGGUUCCUCCUCCACAUGCUGCUAACAGGCCUCACGUCUGCCUGACGGUGGCGCUCAUCAUGUCCAGCCUGGUGCUGGUGGACGCCUACCUGGUGGAGCAGAACCCGGGCUCCGGGCGGGUCGGGGUUUGCGUGACCGUGCUGGCGGGCGAUGCCUGCUUCCUCAUCGUGCUGCGAUACGUCGCCGCCUCUGCCGGGUCAGAGGUAGGCACCGCCAGGCGAGGCUACGCCAUGAUCCUCUGGUUCUUCUACAUCUUUGUCCUGGAGAUCAAGGUCUACUUCGUUUACCAGAACUACAGGUCUCAGGUCGAGGAGGCAGCAGGUGCAUCCAGGAGAGCGCUGACGCUGCUGCUGUCCGUCUGCGUGGCCGCCGUCUACCUGACACUCGCCAGCAUCGAUCAUUUGGAGUAUUUACGGCCAUAUAGGAAAAGAGAGGAGCUACGGAGCCGGCUGUUCUGGGUGGUGGUGGACCUGCUGGACGUUGUGGACGUCCAGGCCAACCUGUGGGAGCUGCAGAGGGAGGAGCUCCCCCUGUGGCUGAUGUUCUUCUACCGCUACGUGCUGCUGGUGCUGCCCUGCGUCUCGCUGAGCGAGCUCAGCCUGCAGGGCGUCAACAUCGCCGCCCACAGGAUGCUGCUCCGCCCCAUCCUCAGCCUGGCCGCCGUCAACGUCAGCACGCUGCUGAUCCGCGGAGGAAACCUGCGGCUCUUCGCCGACGGCCAGGUGUCGGCCGCCAUGAUGGGGAAGAACGUCAUCGCCAUCGUGGUGAAGAGCUGCAGUCUGGUGCAGUACAGGAACCGGCAGCCGGGUUCUCCUGCUGCGGGCCGAGCUGCCGAGACGCAACAGAACCCUGAGGGAGGAGUUCAGGUGUCCAACAGCCAGACGGUGGUUCUGCCCAGAGUCGUGAUCGAAGACUUCACCAGCGAGGAGGAAGAGGAGGAGGAGGAGGAGCAAACAUGA